UGUGAAAAAAAGAGCGGAGAAAUGAAACUCCCUUAUCUAUGGAAAAGUGAGGAUUUGCUGAGAAAAACGGAAUCGGAGCGGGAGAAUAUUGUCUGGGAAUGGAAAGAGCUACAAAGGUUUCUCCGAGAUCAGGAAGAGCUCUUGUUAAGGCAGUUGGAAGAACUAGAGAAGGACAUCAUCACCAGGCGAGACGAGCACCUUUCCAGAAAUGACCGUGGCAGAGCCAGCCGGGGGAAAGGAGAAAAAGAGCCUCUGUCAAAGAAUCUCAGAAGGGCAACCAAAGGCAGGAAGAAUGGGGUAUUUUCUAAAUGUCAGAGAGACUUCAUGGAGGUGGAGUGCAGGUUCAACCGCUUUUUGAGAAAGAGGAUUGAACUAAGAGAAGUUUUAUGUACAUUUAAAGAAUUGCUGAAGCUGGAAAUGGAGGAAGAGGCAGAUGAAUAUGUUUUACCAGGAGCCCAAAAAAAAUCCACGGGGUACUUCCGCUUUCUCCAAUCCUGCAGAAGGACUGGAAGGGAGCUGGCUUUGACCCAGCAGACUCAGCCCGUUUCUUUCGAGGAGGUCGCUGUGUGCUUCUCCCAGGGAGAAUGGUCUCUCUUGGGCCCCAGUCAGAGAGUCUUGUACAAGGAAGUGAUGCAGGAGAAUUAUGAAAAUGUGACGUCUCUCGUUCUCUCGCUCACCGGUUUGGGUCCAAAUUCGUGGAUGGAGGAAGAAGAUGAGGCCGUUUUGGGUCUGCACUCUCAACUUUCUGAGAAAGGGGACAAUCAAGAUGUCCGCAUGGCAGAGAAAGAGAAAAUGGAGAAGGAGAAAGAGAAGGAAAACAAUCCCCAUCCAGCAAAUGUUGAAAUUAUAAAAAGUGCCGUGAGAAAAGACACAGGGCUUUGCCCAGAGGAGCCCACAACUUGUCCUCGACGCAAAUCUAAAAGACAGAGCGAAGCUGGACAAAAGACCAGAGAAGAGAAAUCAAUUCUUUUUCCAGUGGACCGUCAAAAUAUCAGCAAAGGAAGGAAACCAAAAUCGUGUCCCAAAUGCGGGAAGGAAUUCAAUCAGAGUCUCCUCCUCCUGAAACAUAAGCAGAUGCACCAAAGGACCACGCCCUACCAGUGUUCAGACUGCGGGAAGGUCUUCAGCCAGCACGCCCAUCUUAUCAAACACAAGAAAGCGCACAAAAAGGAGAAACGGUUCAGCUGCCCCGAUUGCGGGAAGACGUUCCAUCGGAGCUCCCAUUUCUAUUCCCACCAACGGACCCACCGAGGGAUCAAACCUUUCAAGUGUUCGGAUUGCGGGAAAAGUUACACCCGGAUGCCCGACCUUCGGAGGCACCAGAAAUCCCACACAGGAGAGAAAUCGCAUCAGUGUUUCGACUGCGGGAAGAGCUUUGGCUUGUAUUCCUCUCUCAUCAAGCAUGAAAGAACCCACACGGGGGACAAGCCGUACAAGUGCUCCCACUGCCCGAAGAGUUUCUGCCAGAGGACCCACCUCACUGUGCACAAGAGAACCCACACGAAGGACAGGCCCUUCAAAUGCUUGCUUUGUGCCGCCAGCUUCGUCCAAAAGGUGCACCUGAUUUCACACCAGAGGUCCCACACUGGAGAAAAACCCUUCCGCUGCCACAGCUGCGGCAAAAGCUUCAAACGCAACUCCACCUGCGUGAAACACGAGAAAAGACAUGAAGAGAAAAGCGCAGAGCCUCCGCUUCCUCUCAACGUUUCCCCGUCCACGCUUCCCCUCAGCGCUUCGCUUCCCCUCAGCGCUUCCCCCACUCAAAGACCCAGCUGGAGGUCCAGAUUGAGAACCAUGGGAAGACUUGGAAAAGCGGCGGCUUAAACCCCAUCUUAGCAAAAAGAAGAAGGAAAGAAGAGCAGUGGGGUCUGACCUGGGAAUAUCUUGCGACGGGAUUUCCCAGUUAAUAUUGGGAAACUUAAGAGGAACGGUGGAAGACUUCAAGCAGCGUUUGGAAAAGCCAUGGUAGAGGAAGGGAAGGGUUAACCCUUCUUCUCUCCUGGGUCAUUUCCUGGAUCCAAAUCAGUGGUGAUAUGCUAGCGGUUCGGCCCGGUUCACCUGAACCGGUAGUAAAAGUCACUACCAGUUCAGCCUAACUGGUAAUUUAAAAAAGGCCUCCAAUCAUCUGAGACCUAGAGCAAACCGGUAGCAACUAAGGUAGGAUCCCACUAUUGAUCCAAAUGGUGCUUCUUCCCUGCCAAACUACACAGAGAUGCUUGCUGGGAAAAGUCCAGGAACACGUGUCCUCCU